AUGACGCCGGUAGCUCGCGUGGGUCUCCUUGGUGUCUCCGCCAUUGCACGGAAGGUAUGGGCCGCUAUUCACAAGGCGGGACUCGUCGUUACAGCAGUGGGGGGCCGUAGUCCAAAAACAGCUGAAUCCUUUGUGGAGGAAUGCUGCGGUUACCUUGGUAUUGAUGCAUCAAACAAACCUCGAGCUUGCAACUACUACGAAUUGGUGAAUUUGCCAGACGUGGAUAUUGUGUACAUUUCUCUCCCAGUCAUGGAGCGCCCGGCAUGGGUGAUGAAGUGCGUGGAUAAAGGCAAGCACGUUGUGGGCGAGAAGCCCCCGGCGGAGAAUAUUGACGUGCUAUGUGUGUGGUUAGAGAGGCUUAACAACCUACGGCUGCUAUACAUGGACGGUACCAUGUUCUCUCAUGGCCCAUGGGUAGAGAAGCUGGUGGAGAACCUCCCCCGUUGUGGGAGGAUUCGCCGCCUGACGGCGACCCUCUCGUGGUGCGCGGAUGAGGAGAAGCAAAAGAAUGACAUUCGCUUUAAUCCCACACUGGAGAACCUCGGCGCACUGGGUGACUGCGGGUGGUACUGCGUGCGGGUGAUGCUGCAUGCGAUGAACUUCAAGAUGCCCAAGACAGCAGUGGGACGCAUAUUGGAGACAAACAGGAGGGGUGCUAUCGUCGCCUUUUCCGGCGAACUCGCCUUUGAAAUGGAAGGGGAGAUUGUCACGGGAUUCCUCUACUGCGCCCUCAACAGUGCUCCACAGGCGGAGUUUACAGUGUCGGGAACCACAGGCAUGAUUGAUUCCCCGAACAUCUACAACCCUGUCACCGUAGGCCCCAGCUGUGCCAGCUUCAAGUUGUUGGAAGCGCGAACCGAAGCGAAUGGCACAGAGUUGGCCAUCACGCAUGAUGAGCACAUUAUUGAGGUUCCCGAGGAAGACGGUUUCUUCCAGGAGGUGCAGAUGUGGCGUGACGUUGCAGCCGCUCUCUCCCCCAAUAGUGAAGGGAAACUCCUGGCAUCCAUCGAUGCGAUGGAGAAGUGGGGCCACAUGGCGUGGAUGACGCAGUGCAUCUUGGACACGCUGGUGAAGUCGGCGAGGCUGCAACAAGGUGUGUAA